CGCUCUGUCGCUGGGUCCAACAACAAACGCCUGUUACGAAAACACCUGACUCCUUAUCUGACAGCUGUUAUUUUAAGCGUCCUUUAACAUCUCGUUUACUCUCCAUUAAGUUAAGCUUCUGUAAUAUCACUCUGCUCGUGCACGUAUGCUACUAGUGUGGCAAGCAUUUCGUUGUGUUGUUCGUGGACGCGCUGUGUGAUGAGGCCGCGGAGGUGGGCUGAGUUUGCAGUGAUCAGCAGCAGAUCUCUCCUCCUCUCUCUGUCGGGCAAACACGUGUGUAACGGCAGCAGGCGGCACCACGGCACUCUCAUGGCUGAAGAGGCCAAAAAGCUGGCAGCUUUUGCUGCUGUGGACAACCACAUACAGAAUAAUCAGGUAGUUGGUGUCGGCAGUGGCUCAACUAUAGUCUAUGCUGUGGACAGGUUGGCUGAGAGGGUCAGACAGGAGAAGCUGAAUAUUGUGUGUGUUCCUACAUCAUUCCAGGCCCGUCAGCUGAUUCUGCAGCAUGGUCUCACUCUGUCUGAUUUAGACAGACAUCCUGAGCUGGAUGUAGCGAUUGAUGGAGCUGAUGAGGUUGAUGCUGCUUUGACGCUGAUUAAAGGAGGAGGAGGAUGUUUAGCCCAGGAGAAGAUUGUGGCUGGUUGUGCCAAACACUUCAUUGUCAUCGCAGACUAUAGAAAGGACUCGAAGGCCUUGGGGCAGCAGUGGAAGAAAGGUGUGCCGGUGGAGGUCAUUCCUAUGGCGUAUGUGCCUGUGUCCAGAGCCAUUGCUCGGCGCUUUGGAGGAGAGGCUGUGCUGAGGAUGGCAGUCAAUAAAGCUGGUCCAGUGGUUACUGAUAACAGUAACUUUAUCCUGGAUUGGAAGUUUGAGCAUGCACAGAACUGGAAAGAGGUCAACACAGCCAUCAAGAUGAUCCCAGGUGUGGUUGAGACGGGUUUGUUUGUGGAAAUGGCUGAGCGGGUGUACUUCGGUAUGGAGGAUGGGAGUGUUAAGACUAGAGACCCUCCUAUCAACUAAAAAGAUCCUUCCUCUGCUCUUGCGAUAGACCAGCCUGCACACCUCAAGUGCCGUUCAAAUACACAGACUCUGGCAGCUCUUUCCCUACAGGUUCUUUUAUUUUCUGUUACAGAUUCCAUGACAUGUCUGAUCAGUACCUCUCAUGCUGCUGUACACACGAAAUAUCGAUUUUUACACAACAAAGCAACCUUAGAUUUUCAGACCUUUCAGAUAUUCCUGUGUUCCUCUGGACAGUUCUGCUUACGCUGGGCCGGAGUUUGUUAGCGACUGUCUAUACUUGACAUCUACAGUGUCAGUUUGCCUUUUGUGCUUCUUUACGUAGCCAUGAAUGUUGUCUUACAUAGGCAUCUGUACAAAUGUAUGAAUAUUGUGGCUUGCGUCUGUGCCUCCAUAAAUGUAUAUUUCCACACAGCAUAGUUGCUAGCCUUGCAAAUGCAUGCUGCUUUUCUCACUCAAAUUCCAUUGUUAGUAUUGUUUCUGUGGGUUUGUAUGAUCAUUUUGAAUCGGUUUCGUUUGAUGAUGACAGGUUUUCUCAGACGCUCCAACGUGAAACCUCAAGCAGAACUAGUGGCCUUUGCCAGCAAACAGUGGUUAGUUUAGCUCAGUGAUCAAUCAUUUCAGAGCAUUCUGCCCCUGGACAAAAUACACUAUUUGAAGUUGUGAAAUGCCACUCUGCUUUUGAUAUCGAUUUUGUUUUUGUAUAAUUUUUCGAUGUGCCAGUGGCCACAAACGCAGUGCUGUUGAGGGAUGAAGGCAGCAGUGAGUUGGUGCCGCAGUUGAAAGCCUUAUCUUCUGUACGUGUAUUGAUCUUUCAGUUGUUAAUGAAAACUUCACAGAGGUCACUGUGAUUUUUGGAUAGGGUACUAACUUAAAAACCAGCUUGUGUUUGACCAGUUUUACUGUGAUACUGAGGUUUUCAUUUGUUGUGCUCCAGACUGAAAUUCAAUAUUAAAACUGGACCAAUCAACUAUAAA